AUGGCGGACACCAUCACACUGGUUGUUGAACCUCGGGGGAAGCCCAUCCGGAGGCUCCCUAAGGAGAUCCAGAUCGCCGCCAGCGCGUCGGGCUACGAACUGCAUGCUUCACUGGCAAAGACCUCGGGAUGCGACAUCCACCGGCUCCGCGUGACCAAGGGAAGCGAUCGCAGCGCCAUCCCCAAUGCAAAGGAUGUGACAAUCAAUGAUACUGGGCUCAAAGAGAAGAGUGUGGUUCACGUCAAGGACCUGGGCCCGCAAAUCAGCUGGAGAACCGUCUUCAUCGUUGAAUAUUUCGGCCCGCUCGUGAUCCCCAUCCUGUUCCUCUUCCCGCUGCGGAACCUGGUCUACUUCACCUUCGACAAGCCGCUCCCCGAACCCUCCGACACGCAGCUUCUCGUCUGUGCGCUCUUGGUCCUCCACUUCCUCAAGCGCGAGCUUGAGACCAUAUUCGUACACCGCUUCAGCAAUGCCACCAUGCCCGCCUUCAACAUCAUCAAGAAUAGCGGCCACUACUGGGCCCUGGCCGGAUUCAACAUUGCGUACUGGGUGUUCCGCCCCGACGCAGCCGCCGCGGCCUCGACUCAGAACCUGCCCAUCCUCUACGCCGGUCUGGCUCUCUUCGUCUUCGGCGAGUUGGCCAACCUCAACGCUCACUUGGUGCUCCGCGGUCUGCGCCGGCCCGGCACCACGGACCGCGGUAUCCCCACCGGCUUCGGCUUCAGUCUCGUCACCUGUCCGAACUACCUGUUCGAGGUGCUUUCCUGGGUCGGUGUCUGGCUAGUCAGCGGUCUGAGCUGGAGCGUCCUGUUCUUCUUUGUGGUUGGCGGCGCGCAGAUGGCCGUCUGGGCUCAGAAGAAGGAGCGCCGGUAUCGCAAGGAAUUCGGUGACAAGUAUAAGCGUAAGAGAUACGUCAUGCUUCCUGGUCUUGUCUAA